CCCAGACAUCCAGAACAGUCGACGAGUGACUUGCGCUGUCCGCCCCAAUGCAGAUCCGGUAGUCUUCAAUCUGACUGUGAGAUAUGCAGGCUUCACUGCUGUAUCUGUGUGCUUUGCUCAUUUACAACAGUGCAGGUGCGGACAUCAAGGACUGUGAAAACAUAGGGAAGAUAUGCGACACGUAUGCAGAGUGCAUGAAACUGCACGACAACUUCACCUGUGCUUGCUUUAGUGGAUACAGUGGAGAUGGAAUCCAUUGUACAGAGAUUGACGAGUGUAACGCUGGUAUUCACACAUGCCACAUAAGAGCACGCUGUGAAAAUACUCCGGGAAGCUACAUCUGUGUGUGCAUGGAUGGCUACUCUGGUGAUGGCCUCCAAUGUGUGGAUAUUAACGAGUGCCAAGCAGGAAAUGGUGGCUGCCACGCUGAUGCAGUUUGCACCAAUAGAGAGGGUGGGCAAGAUUGCCAGUGCAAGCCUGGCUUCAGUGGAAAUGGGUUUCAGUGCACUGAUGAUAACGAAUGCACCACACCAGGCAUCUGCCACUGGAAUGCAACCUGCACCAACAACCCUGGCUCAUAUGUAUGUACGUGUAACGCUGGCUAUAAGGGCAAUGGAAACUAUCUGUGCCUGGACAUUGAUGAGUGUACAGAAACAUCAGGUGUGUGCCCUGCCUCGUUUGGCUUUAGAGGCUGCAGGAACCUGCCAGGAACUUACCGCUGCCUCUGCAACAGUGGCUAUCAAAGCAGUGGGAGAACCUGCGAGGAUAUUAAUGAAUGUGCAAGCAAUACUUGUAGCUCAUUUGCUGACUGUGUGAAUACACCAGGGUCAUAUAGAUGUACUUGUCAGGAUGGCUUUGUGGGGAAUGGCUUGACUUGUGUGGACAUCAACGAAUGUAGUGGAAAGAACGACUGCGACCCCAAUGCAGUGUGCAUCAAUGGGCUGGGCAGCUAUGAAUGCUCUUGUCGCUCUGGCUUCGUGGGAGGUGGGCGCCAAUGUACGGACAUUAACGAGUGCUCAGAAAAUAGCAAGUGCCCAGCCAGUGCAGCCUGUGUUAACACUCCAGGGUCAUUUUACUGUGACUGUGGUCAGGGCUACAUCUUCAAUAAAACACAAUGUCAGGAUCUGGACGAAUGCGCAGUAGGUCGCUGUAGCCAGCAUGCUUCUUGUGCAAACUUCCCUGGCUCCUUCACCUGUGCUUGCUUUCCAGGUUAUGCUGGUGACGGACUAUCCUGUGCAGAUAUAGAUGAAUGCGCUUCAUCUCAGAAAUGCCACCCCAACGCCAUCUGCACCAACUUGCCUGGAAGUUACAACUGUAGCUGCAUGGUGGGCUACACAGGAGAUGGCAUGGCUCGAUGCUCAGAUGUAGAUGAGUGUCUCGUGAAUAAUGGGGGAUGUAGUGUCAAGGCCACUUGUAUCAAUAGCAUGGGAUCCUUCUCCUGUGUCUGCCCCUCUGGAUUUAAUCUAGUCAACCGCACAAUCUGCCAGGACAUUGAUGAAUGCAAGGUGCUGGAAAAGCCAUGUAAAACUAACGAGAAAUGCUUCAACAAAGAAGGUUCUUAUGAGUGCCCUUGUCAGAUUGGAUUUAGUCGACCCACCCAGGGCUCUGAGUGUACUGAUAUUGAUGAGUGUACAGUGAAUCAGCCAUGCCACCGCAAUGCUACCUGUCUCAACUCAGUAGGCUCUUUCACGUGCACCUGCAAGCAUGGAUUUAGUGGAAACGGCACCAAAUGUGAAGACAUCAAUGAAUGCCUAGUAGGUGGUGCAUGUCACCCACGCGCCCUGUGCUUCAAUGUCCCUGGUGACUUCCGCUGUCAAUGCCAAAAGGGCUUUGAAGGAGAUGGAUUCACUUGCACAGACUUAAAUGAAUGUGUGCUCUUAAAUACUACCUGCCCUGACUUCUCAGUCUGCAUUAACUCUCCUGGAGCAUACGUCUGCUCAUGCCUGAAUGGCACAGUAGCAUAUAAUAACAUCUGUGCUGCUCCUAGCCAAGGGUGUAGUCCUCCCUGCCAUCCAUAUGGGCUCUGUCACCGCUCACCUAUGGGAUACCAGUGUGUGUGUGACAUGGGCUUUGAGGGGGAUGGGAGCAUUUGUUCAGACAUCGAUGAGUGUCUAAGUGACAAAGUAUGUCUCAAGAAUGAGACUGAGUGUGUGAACAGCCCAGGCACCUUCUCCUGCAUCUGCAAAAAGGGUUACACUCAAGAUGGAACAGAAUGCAUAGAUGUGAAUGAGUGCACUUCUGGAAGCGAUGACUGCAGUGACUUUGCACAGUGUGUCAACACCAUCGGGAGUCACCUGUGUUUCUGUCUCAGCGGCUUCACUGGUGAUGGAAAGAAUUGCUCUGAGAGCAGACUGUACCCUUUUGGGAAAGAGGUUGGUGAUAAGGAUUUACCCAUGUCAAUGGCGGAUGGAAAUUCUCCAUACAUAACUCCUCCAGUGGGUUUUCCAUUUAUUGGCAAACUCUACGACAGGCUCUUUUUUUCAGACAACGGCCUGGUCCAGUUCCAGACUAUCAGUGAGAAUGAGAAGCUCCUGCUUCCUGCUCCAUUCCCUGAAGGCUUCAAGGGAAAUGAAAGCUUGCCCAUGUUAGCUGUGUUCUGGGACGACGCUGACCUAACGUUAGGAGAGGGAAAACUGUUCUACCAGGAAUAUAACCAGCUGAAUCUGUCAGAUGUUUACUCUCAAAUAGUCUUUAACCGUACAGUGGAUGAGGUGAGUCUGUUUGAGGCCCAGAGAGGAAGACCUGCUUUCACCCCUUCAUGGAUUCUGAAAAUCACAUGGGACCAUGUGCUGCCUGUUUCCUACCAGAAGAUUAAUUUGUCUGAGACAAACACAUUCCAGAGCAUCCUGGCUACAGAUGGAUCUCGCUCGUUUGCUUUACUCCACUACAGUGAUAUGAACUGGGGUCCAGGACAGAGGGUUCACCACAAUGCUCUGAUAGGCUAUACCGAUGGUGUUAACACCUUCCACAAUGAGAUCCCCACACCACCAGAAAACUUGUUUGGUCCAGGUGGGCGUUAUCGGCCUCAGACUGUUGUGGGUAAUAUAGGCCAGCUGGGACAACUUGUUUAUGACCUGACUGGAGCCACAGUGGUCAGCUCUGACUCCCAAAGACAGUGUCAGCUAUGGGCCCUGAAAGAACCAGACCCCAAGGAGUGGGCACUAGGGCUGGCCCCUUGCCCAUGCACCCGCGCCCAGGCACUGGAGGACCCGGGCUUUGGCCCUGAAACACUCCUGGCAGAGAACGGCAUGCGUGUGAAGGAGCUAAGGGGCUUACGCUGGGGUGGAAGUGAAGGUCAAGUGUUUCAGUCCAUUCUCUUCAACAAACAAAGUGCUGGAAAAAGAUGUGUGUAUGACCCGCAGGGCGCUCUGCUGGCUGGAUACAGCGAACGCUACUUUACCACAGACAAGACACAAGAUCAUAUUGAUAAAGAUCUCUUGCCCUUCCAGUGGUGCUGUGUCCAGUCCCCACUGUGCCAUCUCUACCUGGCUAAGAGGCCACUGGACCGGUGUCAGGGUUUUGGCUGGACCAGGAGAGACCCUAACAUUCCUGGGAACAAGGGUGUACCAGGUAUUGGCUUGGCAUAUGGAAGCCUUCAUUUUAUUACAUUUGAUGGAAGUAACUACACCUUCAAGGGCCUAGGAGUGUUCGUGAUUGUGCGUCUGUCCUCAAGUACAGGCUCCAAUGUCUUCACCCUCCAGGGUCAGAGUGCAGUGCUAGAGACCAAUGGCCAGUCCAGAAGAGUGCCUGCACUGGUGCGCAUAGCUGCACACCACCAGGUCUUCGGCAAGGUGGAAUGGAGAUGUUCUGUAUCUGAAGAGAAGCUUACUGUGCUAAUCAAUGAUGUGAAUAUGCCGGUCUCUGCAGGUGUGAUACAUUUAGCCCAGCAAGGCUUCGCAGUGCACUGUUCCACUGUGCAGAGCUGUGCUGCAGUUUAUGAGGGAGGUCUGAAUGUGGUUGUGUGGAAGGGGGAUGCAGGGAGGCUGACUGUUCUGGUGGAGGUCCCUCAGAGCUUCUACAACCGCACUGUGGGCCUUCUGGGCCUCUGGAGCACCAAUACUACUGAUGACUUCCUCCUCUCCAAUGGGCGCCUGCUGUCUUCAUCUGACAACAACCCUCCCUCUGAAGACAAGCUGGCAGUGUUUGGACAAUCAUGGGCAGUCCCUGUUCCGGAGAGUCUCCUGUUCUUCACUCCUCCCCUGACACCCUUCCAGCCUUUGAGCACAGAGGAACUGAUGUCUUCGGUUAGCCCAGUCGCUUUGGCCAGACUUCAGCAGACCUGCCAGGGCAGCCUGCAGUGUAUACUUGACAUCCUGGCCACAGAUAAUACUGGACUGGGUCAGCAGACUUUGCAGGACCAACAGAAAGUCCAAAACCUCGCUGUAACCUUUGGAAACAUGCCGCCAAUGGUGAGCGAGCCACUGAUCAUCCGCUGUAAGGUGAACAGCACUGUAAGAGUGCAGUUUCUAGCCCAGGACGCUAACAGGGAUGCAUUCAGCUUCUCUCUGCUCUUCCCAAGACCACCACAGGCCACCAUAGGCAUUGGUGAUGGUGUUCUGGUUUGGACUCCACUCAACAUUCAGCCUGUACUGCUGACUGUGCAGGUCAGUGAUUACAUGACCAGCUCUCUGCUCAGCCCCAUCCUGCAGCUCUGCAACUGUCUUAAUGGAGGAAGCUGUCAGUAUCAGAGCGUGGCUGAGAACCAUUUGCAGGGAAAGUUUCAGGUUGUGGGGUGUCUAUGCCCAGCAGGUUUCAGUGGCAGAUACUGUGGAAAUAGAACAGACGUGUGUAAAGGCAAACCCUGCUUCCCUGCAGUUGACUGCUUCAGUCAAAGAGAGCCAGACAGCUUCACCUGUGGAGUGUGCCCCCCUCCUACUGUCUCCGAACACAAACAAGGUUACAAGUGCUUUGAGAACGAUUUCUGUCUACCUCCUUUUCCCACCCCCUGUCACAAGAUGGCCAACUGCUACAGCACUGGUUAUAACUACACUUGCAGUUGUAAGCCUGGUUUUAUUGGUGAUGGAAAGGAGUGUACAGAUAUAGAUGAGUGUCAGAAUCCUGCAGCCUGCCCUAACGCCAAGUACGAGUGUGUGAACACACCUGGUUCGUCAUACUGCUCCUGCCGCUACCAGAGCAAUGGGGAGUCUGACGGCUGCGGUGAUUCUGCAAAUCCUACAGGUUGGAACAUUUUCAAUGUAUCCAUGGCCUGGAAUGAUCAAAAGACCGGACAGCAGCGACUAAAACAGUUGGAGCAAAUCCUUUCUAUGGGUUUCCAGAAUAAGUUCUACAAUGUCAGUGUUAUGCCCCCUGACUUAGGACCAAACAGUGGGCUGAGUGAGUACAGAGUCAACGUGUCCAGCGACACUCCUCACUGGUACGUGAAGGAUUACAUGAGCCGGGUCGGACGCUACUAUGGCGUCACAGCAACAUACGUGGAAGACCUAGAUGAGUGCAAAGGCAACGAGACUUUGUGUACUAAGCCAGCUGUUUGUUCCAACACCUAUGGAGGUUACAGAUGUGUAUGUAAUGGCACAGACCUGAAGGAGGCACAGUCUUGCAUUUUAGACAGGGGCAGCCUUAACCACACAAGCUUGGCUGCUGGUAAGAAUCUUGAGGAUAAGAAGCCCCUGAUUCUGGGCCUGGUACUGGGCAUCGGCAUCCCCCUCCUGCUGCUGCUCCUUCUGGCCGCUUUGGCCUGCUUCUGCUGCUCCCGCAGGAAAACCAUCACUGGAGACAUUCCUCACUUAGUACCAGUGUAUGUUCAAGGGCAGUUCAGCUCUCACUUAAACUACGAUGACCCUGCCCUGCACUACAAGUGCCACUGCAGCCCACGUAUCCUUGACAACAUCACACCCCGAUACAUUCAACAUCCGCUCAGCCGUCUGCCUCCUGGAGCUCAUACCUAUCACUGUAAUUGUAACUAAGUGCAAAGCUAAAAAGGUAAACUUUUGUAUCAAAUGUAUAUCAUAUUUAUGGCAUGCUCCUUAAAAACGCAUUCAACCUUAUGAAGCACUGGAUGAGUAAAACACAGGUUGCCCAUUGUAUCACUUUCAAGGUAUCACGGUAUUCUGACACUCACUGUUGCUGUCCAAUAAAGUAUUGAACACUUGUCAUCGUAA